AUGCCCAAGGUCCCACCUACACGGAACGACCGUGGUGAGAUCAUUUUCUCUUCACGUGUAGAUACCGAGUUUCGCGAGGGAUACGAGCGCUACCGGAAUGCGUUUGAACGAAAACGUCGAGAAAAGCUCGAGGCGCAACGACUUGCUUCUGUGACCUACCGUUCACGAUGGCCCUUCUCGCUUUUCCUAUCUACCAGCACCACGCGCAACUCAGCUAAAUCCAGCACAUCUUCGUCACAUACGAAAUCAUCAUAG